AUGUUGCCUCCAGUGUGGUUGUUCCUCGAUGAACUAACUACAAGUCAACCACAUUUUAAGCUACCGCGAAGAAUUUGUCACUCUUCUCGUAUGUUAAUCGUAUUGUCUUUGGGUAACCACGAAUUUGAUAAUGGUGUAUCUGGACUCACACCUUUUAUAGAAGCCCUUAUGUGCCCAGUACUGGCUGCGAAUCUUAACCUCACACGAGUGCCAGAAUUACUGGUAGAACGUAACCUAAUGAACUCUGUAGUAUUUGAUAUUAAUGGUACACGCGUCGGCGUCAUUGGAUAUCUGACUCCAGAUACUCAAUUCUUGGCUAUAAAAAAUGAAGUCAAAUACAUUGAAGAAGUGACAGCAGUAAAAAAAGAAGCAGCCAAAUUAAAAAAACAAGGAGUUAAUAUUCUCAUAGCUCUUGGUCAUUCUGGUUUUACUAAAGAUUUGGAAAUAGCAAAAGAGGUGGAAGACAUUGACUUGGUUAUUGGUGGACAUACUAACACAUUUUUGUGGAAUGGUACUAGCCCUGACGUAGAGAAACCUGAAGGACCUUACCCUACAUUAGUGAAACAAAAGUCGGGAAGAUUAGUUCCCGCAGUACAAGCUUAUGCUUACACUAAAUAUCUUGGCAAAUUACAUAUUAUCUUUGAUUCAGACGGUGAAAUAAUAAGUAGUAAUGGAAAUCCCAUUCUUCUAGAUAAAUCAAUUACACAAGAUCCUGAAUUAUUAGAAAUGGUAACCCGUUACAGGGCAAGUAUAGAGAAUAUAACAGAAACUAUUGUUGGGGUCACGCCUAUAGUAUUGGAUGGGAUGUCCUGUCGUUUGAGCGAGUGUAAUUUGGGAAACUUGAUAACCGAUGCGAUGGUAGAAAAAUAUGCUAAAGGUUAUGAAGGAAAAGGUUGGACCGAUGCUCCUAUAGCCGUUAUCCAAGGCGGAGGGAUAAGGGCUUCAAUAGCCCACAUAACUUUGCCAGCUAAUAUCACAAAGGGAGACCUUUUGCGAGUGAUGCCUUUUGAUGGAAACCUUGUUAAACUAAGUAUUAACGGCAGUUUCAUUUUGAAAAUGUUAGAACAUUCUGUAGCUAAAUACAAUCUCACACGUGCUCCUGCACCGUUUCUGCAAAUGUCAGGAAUGAUGGUAGAAUAUGAUUUUUGUAAACCGCCUGGCUUUAGAGUUCUAAAAGUUUACACGCGUUGCGGUCAAUGUUUAAAUCCUCAAUUUUCUCUUUUAAGAGUAAGAAAAAUGUACAACAUCUUAAUGCCUGCAUUUUUAUCUAUGGGAGGCGAUAAUUAUACAAUGUUAGCAGAUCUACCUAAAAUAGCAUUACCCUUCGAUGAAUUAGAAUCUACAAUAGAGUUUAUAAGUAGCCGAAGUUCCGUACACCCAUCUGUCGAAGAACGUAUCAUUAUCGAUAAUGUUCAACAAUUGCAAAUUAACUCAGGCUCAUACCUGAAAUGUUCAUUCAUUGUAUGGAUAUCAUUGACUUACUCAUUGCUUUUAUAA